AUGGCUCUUUCGGCGCGCCUCCCGUCGCCCUCCCUCGCGUCUCGAGCCACGUCGCGCCAUCAUAGCGCGGCCGAGCUGCUGUCGGCCGCCGCUGCGCUCCGCGCGGCGCACCCCUUCCUCGCCUCCGCCGCUUCUCCGUGCGCCCUCACCCUCACCGCGUCACCCGCGCCGUCAGCCGCGGCGGAAUCCGACGUUGCGCCGUUCUGCCCGCUCUUCUCGUCGCGACGCACAGUCCGAUUCGCGCAGCGGGCAGGUUCACGAGCCGGGAGGCACGUGGCCCGCGCCAUGGCAGAAGCGGACGCCGCAGCUGCCGCCGUGAAUGGCGGAGCUGCCGCAGCGGCACCCGUGGCGAGCGACGGAGCAGGGCAGCGAGUGGCGCGGGUGGCGAGGAGGACCAAGGAGACGGACGUGGAGGUGACGAUCGCGAUUGACGGCGAGGGGCGCUGCUGUUCCGCCACCGGCAUCCCCUUCCUCGACCACAUGAUGGACCAGCUGGCAUCACACGGGUUGAUGGACGUGAGUGUGAGGGCGGAGGGCGAUGUGCACAUCGACGACCACCACACCAACGAAGACAUCGGCCUUGCCCUCGGCUCCGCAUUGGCGGCGGCGCUGGGGGACAGGAAGGGCAUUCGGCGUUUUGGGGACUUCAGUGCGCCGCUGGACGAGGCGCUCAUCCACGUGGUGCUGGACCUGUCGGGGCGGCCGCACCUGUCGUUUGACGUCACCAUGCCCACGGAGAGAGUCGGCACCUACGACACCCAGCUGGUGGAGCAUUUCUUCCAGUCGCUCGUCAACACCAGCGGCAUGACGCUGCACAUCCGCCAGCUAGCGGGCAAGAACACGCACCACAUAAUAGAGGCCACCUUCAAGGCCUUCGCCAGGGCGCUGCGACAGGCCACUGAAAUCGACCCCCGCCGCGCUCACACCGUGCCCAGUUCCAAGGGAGUGCUCUCACGCACGUGA